GAGCCACAGCGACAAAGAGAGUUCAGCCUUCUGCAUUACUACAAAGUGUUGGGGAGAUUAAACCCCUGAACAAAGGGACUUGGUAGACUUUAUCUUCACUUAUAUUCUUAACUUUGUACUGCAUGACAAGAAGAUGACAAAUCUUUCAGCUGUUUUACUUUCUUUCAUGACUGCACAGACUUUCACAGUGAUUGGGGCUCAGAUGUGUCCUCGGCGAUGCCUGUGUCCUGCCGAGGUUCCAGUCUGUCUCUCUGGGGUGCCCCUGGUCCUGGAUGACUGUGCCUGCUGUCUGGUUUGUGCAGGUCAAAAAGGCCAAGCGUGCUCAGAGAUGAAACCCUGCGACACAGUUAAAGGGCUGCAGUGUGAUUACUCAGUGGAUGUUCACAAGAGAACUGGCAUCUGUGCGGUCAGUGUGGGUAAUGUGUGCGUUUUGGAGGGUUUAGUCUACCAGCAUGGCCAGAUCUUCUUCCCAAGCUGUAAAUACCAGUGUGUGUGCCAGAAUGGUCAGAUAGCCUGCAUUCCUCGCUGCAACCUGGAUGUUAUGCUCCCUGGGCCCGACUGUCCAAUCCCACGCAAGGUCCAGGUUCCUGGAGAAUGCUGUGAGAAGUGGGUGUGUGAGCCCCAGACUGAAGCAAGUGCACUGGGUGGCUUUGCCAUGGCCGCCUUUCGUCAAGAAGAAACUGUCGGUUUUGGAAGCUGGGAGCCCAGGCUGAACUGCAUUGAGCAGACCACAGAGUGGGGGGCCUGCUCUGAGACAUGUGGCAUGGGGGUCUCCACCAGGGUCACAAACAAGAACAGCCGCUGUGAGAUGGUGAAGCAGAGUCGGCUGUGCAUGAUUAGACCCUGUGAAGACCUGCAGGGACAAUUGACUCAGGUUGCACUAAUGCAGAGAGGCAGGGGAUGCCAGAGGAUGGUGAGGAGCGACAAAGCUGUUCACCUUGAGUAUAAGAACUGCACCAGUGUUCUGGCCUACAAGCCUCGCUACUGCGGCACCUGCACAGACGGGCACUGCUGCACCCCCCACAGAACCAAGACCACUCUGGUGAAGUUCCAGUGUUCAAACAACACAAUCAGCCCCAAGCCAGUCAUGGCAAUCCUAACCUGUGUCUGCCACACCCAUUGCCCUAGAGACAAUGCUGCAUGGGAGCCAUCGCCGCUCCUAUACGGUGGCAUGACAGGAAGAUGAGUCCAGGUUGUAGCUAACGACAAAAUAAUUGCCGUAUUGAUUCCUGAAUAUUAACAUCCAGCAAAAUAUUUAAUGCUGCCAAUAAUAUAUAUAUAAAAAGGAAAAGAAAAGGGGAAAAAAGACUGACCCAAACUAUGGCAAAAGCAAACUUAGGGCUGCCAGACCAGCAGAGGUCUGGAUAGACAUCAAAGGUUAAUAUUUAAGUUUAUGAUGAGCCUUCAUUUAAAAUCUCAACUGAGAUUUAUAAUUAACUUGAAAAUUAACUCAAAAAAUUGGAAUAUUAUUUAACAUUUUAAGGAUAUGGAAUAACUGAUGACUUUGCUAGCUGUAUAAACUGAAUUCAUAAUCCAUUCAUUUCUGCUGAGGUUUUUGUUUCUUUUUAUGCCGUAUAACAGCAAAUUAAAUGGUUUCUGACACAAAUGUCCACGUAUAAUUGUGAGCACAACCAAUGUAUUUGGGCCUCAUUCCCAGCUCCUAUGGGUUCAUCACUGAGAUAACUAACUGAGCAGCAGGUGAACCAUGAUAUUUUAGGUAAAUACCUAACAACUCAACAAACAAAUUAAAAUACAUAUUACUAAUGUUGUGGCAACUGGUGAGUCAAACUUAACUGGGCACCACAAAUAAAUUAACACUGUUCAGGCCUGUCAAAACAGUGAUAAAAUUUGGCAUCUGAGGUCAUUUUGAAGGAAUGUUCUGACCUAGAACACAAAGCGAAUUAUACAUUCCUGUAUCUCUGCAGGAGAGAAGUUUCAUUUUAAAUGUAACUGAGUUACAUCCUGUGGACAAAAAUAAUCAGUAUGAAUUAUCACUGAGUUCUAUAGAAGCACUUAGGCUGUCCUGUCAAAAGGGCUGCAUUGUUUUUCUUAACAGAUUGUGCUUGAUAGGUGUUUGUAAGUCGUAUUUUUUUUAUUAUUAUUAUUUUAAAAUAUCACUUAAAUAGCUAACGUGUAAAAAAAACAACAACUUUCUAUUCCUAAAAUGAAAAUUGUGUUUAUCCCGAAGGAAGAAACUACAGACUUAAUGCACUGCCAAAAAAGCAACACAAUCUUGAAUCUUUUUUUUUAAUCUUUAUUUAUAUGCUGUUAUUCACUCUGAUAAAUUAGAAAGACCUUCAGAUGCAAGAUUUGUGAAAGAGGUACAAUUAGUUUCACUAAAAACUCUUUAUCUACAGAUCGCAUAAGUUGUUGUUCUCCAAAAUGUAAUCUGACAAAACAAGUCCAAUAAGAAGACAUAUUCUAAUUUACUGAACAUGACUGUAUUUGUGUAUAUGUAUGUUGUACAUAGCAAAUUCUAUAAAAAGUUGAUUAAGAUUAAUAUUAUUUUCCAUCGAUUAUACAAUCAAUAUCAAACAUCAGUUCUCAAAAGUAUAAAAAAAUGUAAAAUUUAAAAGCAGUCAAAAAUUCAACAGAAACAGAAGAUAUAAAAAGUAACAAAGUUGACAAUGUAAAUCUAACAUAUGGUUUGUUUCUUAUUGAUUGCUUAAGUAAAUAAUCUGAUGGCAGAGAACAUGCAAAGUGGCCCAGGUGGUUCAUAUCUGUUUUAAUCUGCCCCUAUUAGUAGGGAAUGUAAAAUCCAAAUAGAUGUCAUUGUUAUAAUAAAAAAACGAAGACACCAGUGUGAAA